GACUAUCAGUGAGCGCAGGCGUCACUCGUUUGCCGCCAUUUGUGUCAUCAAAAUAUCAGAUGAAGAGUCAGUUGUUAACUAAUAUAUAGAGACCAACGAUAUUACCAUUAAAUCAAUUGAUGGCAGUCUUGAUGUAGUUAUCGAUUUGUAUUGUCAUUUGAUUCACAUGUUGUUUAGUCAUUGGAUGCAUUCAUCUUAUAGUGUUAUCGUUGACUGUUAUCACUGAUCGACGGGUGUCUCACAAACACAUACAUCAGUCAUCCACUCGUUUUGGUUCAUCAGUUGAUAUCAUUGUAAGACAUCCGAAGCAAUGCCCGGUUUUUGCGAAUUCAUUGAAGUCGAGAACUUCAAGUCUUAUUCUGGAUAUCAACGGAUUGGACCACUAAAACAGUUUACGGCUGUCAUCGGUCCCAAUGGUAGCGGCAAAUCAAACUUCAUGGACGCCAUCAGCUUUGUGUUGGGAGAGAAGACCAACAAUUUGCGAGUAAAGAAACUAUCGGAGCUAAUCCACGGCGCGUCUAUUGGACGACCGGUUGGCAAUCAGGCGUUUGUUUGUCUCGUUUACAAAGAUCAGGAUACCGGUCGUCACACACGCUUCCAGAGACUAGUGUUGGGCAGCAGUUCUGAGUAUCGCAUUGAUGACAACCCGGUGUCUAAACAGGAUUAUGCGGCCCGACUCGAGACGCUCGGUAUCAACGUUAAGGCCAGAAAUUUUCUCGUAUAUCAGGGAGCAGUUGAAUCGAUUGCUAUGAAAAAUCCCAGAGAAAUAACUGGACUUUUUGAAGAAAUUGCAAGAAGUAAUGAAUAUAAGGAUGAAUACGUUAACAGAAAAAUACGAAUGGAUCGAUCGGAAGAAGAAUUACAUCAUAUGUACGUCAAGAAGAAAGGUAUUGCGGCCGAGAAAAAGGAGGCACAGGGAGAGAUCAAUGAGGCGAAGAAAUACCAGAACUUAAGGGAAGAGCUCAACAAAGUACAAAUCGAUCUACAAUUGUUCAAAUUGUAUCACAUCCAGGAAGAUAUCGAGGAUCUUCAGGGAGAUAUGGACCGCAAACGCAAAGAUAUGGAAAAACACGUCAAACAAAAAGAGAAAAUUGAAACAGAAAUCAGAAAUAAAAAACAAAAUUUAACCAAAAUUAGUAAAGACUUGUCUUCUAUUGAUCGCAAAAUACGAGACGUCGAGUUGAAUCUGAAUAAAAAGAGACCCACUUAUAUCAAAGCAAAGGAAAACGCGUCACACAUCGAGAAGAAGUUGGAAACGGCUAAGAAAUCUAAGGCAUCGGCCAUUAAAGCGCACGACAAUCACCAGAAAGUGAUCGACGAACUCGAAAAAGAACACAACAGAGUUGUCAAAGACUAUGAAAAGUGGGAGAAAGAGAUGGAAAAGGAAAAGGAAUCGCAUAAGACUGAUGUCGUUAUGAAAGAGUCGCAAAAAAAGGAAUACAACAGUCUUAAAGAAGAGGCCGCACGACUGUCAGCCAAAUAUUUAAAAGAUUUGGAUUCACUUGAAAGGGAACAGAAGGCCGAUCAGGACAGGAAUGAGAAUGAAAUGCGCAAAAAGAGUGACAUCGAGUCCAGGAUUAGAGUUCUUCAAAACAAUUUGGAGGAAAAUCAAAAGCGAAUCGACAAACUUAAGGACAACAUUGAGGUCAGUGAAAGCAACCUCCAGGAGCUUAACAAGAAAAAGACUGAAAUAGAAGAGAUUGUUAACUCAAGUAAAGAGAAAGUUGAGAGUAUUACCAUUAAACUCGAGUCCAUUAACCGAGAAUUGGGUGACGCAAAAGUGGACAGACAUGAAGAUGAACGACGAAAGAAAAAGGCAGAAGUGGUGGAGAAUCUCAAGAAAUUAUAUCCCGGAGUCUUUGACCGAUUACUUAAUAUGUGUAAACCUAUCCAUAAGCGCUACAAUAUGGCCAUUACUAAAGUGAUGGGCAAGAAUAUGAAUGCCAUUAUAGUGGACAGCGAAAGAACGGGUCGACAAUGUAUUCAAUAUCUGAAGGAACAGAUGCUCGAACCCGAAACCUUUCUUCCGCUCGACUAUAUUGAGGUGAAACAAGUGAAAGAACGGUUGCGAAACAUUCAACACCCAAAAGGUGUUAAACUGUUAUACGAUGUGAUAAAGUAUGAGCCGCCGGCCAUUAAACGUGCCGUACUUUACGCGACUAACAACGCAUUGGUUUGCGAGACGGCCGAAGAUGCCAAUCACGUGGCCUUUGAUUUGGGAGAUGGCAAACGUUACGACGCGGUCGCACUCGACGGCACUUUCUAUCAGAAAUGUGGUUUCAUUUCCGGCGGUAGCGCUGACCUUGAAAAGCGGGCCCGACGUUGGGAUGAAAAAGAGUUACAUAAACUUAAAUACGAAAAAGAAAAGUUGGCCGACACUCUCAAAGAAGAACUGAAAAAGACACGCAAAGAGAGUGACUUAAUGGUCAUCAAUAGUCAAAUCAAAGGUUUGGACACACGUUUGAAAUACUGUCGAAGCGAUAAACAACAGACAGAGAAAAACACUGAAGACUUUAAACGUGAAAUCAAAGAGUUAGAGAAAAAGGUUGUGUCAUAUGAUCCACAAAUCAAAGAAAUUACUCAACGAAUGAAUGAAAGAGAAGUGAAAAUCGAUAAAAUCAGAGAUGCAAUGAAUUCAGUCGAAGACACUAUAUUUUCAGACUUUUGCGAACAGUUAGGCGUCGAUAAUAUUCGUCAAUACGAAGAACGACAGAACAAAGUCUCGCAAGAAAAUGAAAAGAAGAGAUUGCAGUUCGAGAACGAAAAGAAUUCAUUGCAAAGUCGUUUGGCGUACGAGAAGAGCAAAGACACGAAUGAGAACGUCAAGAGAUGGCAAAGGAUUGUGUCCGAAGAAGAAGAUAACUUACAAACAGCGAGAGAAACGGAAAAGAAAGAAAUGAAAGCCAUUGAAGAGGAGAUGAGAAAAGUAGAAGAAUUGAAAACAGAAAAGAUUACCAGAAAAACGGAAAGCGAUGGCGUCGAGGAUGAGAUUCAAGAGAUAAAGCGCGGUAUGUCUAGCAUUCAGAAGGAUUUAACGUCAGCGCAAAAGGCAUUAAUGCAAAUCGAGUGUCGAUUGGACUCUAAGAAGUCGGACAGACACGCAAUACUACUACACUGUAAAAUGGAAUGCAUUGAACUGCCACUUGUUUCCGGUGAUCUCAACGACAUUACAGCCGGCGGUACUAAUAAUAAUGAGGGAGAAACCAAUGGUAACGCUGAUGAAGAUGACGACGAUGACGGACCUUCCACUCAACGUUCAUAUGAAAGCGAUUCAAAAAUAAAGCCAGACUUUACAAUAUUGAAGAAUAGCUUUAAAAAUUUGAACGAUGCGGAUGUGAUCAAAAAGAAAGAGCAAGAAAUGCAACAGGAAAUUAAUCAAAAACGGGAAGUCCUCAGAAAAAUACAGGCGCCUAACAUGAGAGCUAUAGAUAAAUUGGAAGACGUUAAGGACAGACUUAAAGAGACCGAUUCGGAGGUAAAUAACUUAAGGUUGGACUCAAAAAAGGCCAAAAUGUCGUUCGAAGAAGUGAAGAGAAACCGAUUGCGUGAUUUCAAUCUUUGUUUCGAGAGUGUCGCCCAACGGGUUGAUUCAAUUUACAAGUCAUUGACGAACAAUGCCAGCGCACAAGCCUUUCUGGUACCCGAAAACCCUGAAGAACCCUAUUUAGAGGGUAUUAACUAUAACUGUGUGGCACCCGGAAAACGGUUCCAACCGAUGAGCAACUUGAGCGGUGGUGAGAAAACAGUGGCCGCAUUGGCACUAUUGUUUGCCAUACAUUCCUACAAACCGGCGCCAUUUUUUGUGUUGGACGAGAUCGACGCCGCACUCGACAACACUAACAUUGGAAAGGUCGCGCGUUUUAUAAGAGAAAGAACUGAAUCGACGUUUCAAUGCAUAGUUAUAUCACUAAAAGAGGAAUUCUAUGGACACGCGUCGGCACUGAUCGGUGUCGCACCUGAUCCCGGAGACUGUACUAUUAGUCGUGUCUUUACAGCAGAUUUAUCUCAAUAUCAAGAAUAAUAAUACUGUAAUAAUAGUAAUUUAUUAUUAAAUGUAAAAUCAUAUAUAAUUUAUUA